UUCCACAGGUUUAGACGUGAUUUCUAAGAAGUUUUCAACAUGAGUGGCAACGACGUUGUAAUUGUAUCCGGAGUCAGAACUCCAAUAGGAUCCUUUUGUGGUGCCUUAUCAUCAGUAAAAGCGUCAGAUUUAGGAAGUGCUGUUAUUAAAGAAAGCCUUGCAAAGGCACAUGUUGAACCUAAAGAUGUUUCUGAAGUUAUACUUGGUCAGGUAUUAACUGCAGGUCAAGGACAAAAUCCAGCAAGGCAGGCAGCAAUAGAAGCGGGUGUUCCUAUACAUGUACCUGCUUAUUUAAUUAAUAUGCUAUGUGGUUCUGGUUUAAAAGCAGUUAUAAAUGGCUAUCUAUCCAUAAAAGCUGGAGAAAGCAAAAUAGUUGUAGCUGGUGGUCAGGAAAAUAUGAGUCUGGCUCAACAUGUGUCAUACAUUAGAAGUAUGAAACUGGGAAAUUGUAAUUUAGUAGACAGUUUAGUGUUUGAUGGCUUAACAGAUGCAUUUCAUGGAAUUCAUAUGGGAAUAACAGCUGAAAAUGUUUCUAAGGAGUUUCAUAUAAAUAGAAAAGAACAAGAUGAGUAUGCAGUAAAAUCUCAGCAAAAAGUAGAAGCUGCAGUUACUGCUGGAUACUUUAAUAAAGAAAUUGUCCCCAUAACAGUGUCUACUGAGAAAAAAACUAUUAUUGUAGAUAAAGAUGAAUAUCCUAAAUUUGGAAUAACUAUUGAAAGUCUUCAAAAAUUAAGACCUGCUUUUGUACAAACUGACGGUACAGUUACUGCUGGCAACUCUUCUGGUAUGAAUGAUGGAGCAGCAGCAGUAGUUCUUAUGACAGCAGAGAAGGCUGCAGAAAGAAAACUUAAACCACUAGCUAAAAUUGUUGCAGUAGCUGAAAGUGGACUGGACCCAAAACUUAUGGGUGUAGGUCCUAUAUCAGCAGUAAAUUUAGUGUUAAAAAAAGCAAAAUGGACUAAAGAAACAGUGGAUUUAUAUGAAUUGAAUGAAGCUUUUGCAGCACAAUCAAUAGCUUGUGUCAGAGAACUUGGUUUAGAUCCUGAUAAAGUUAAUAUAAAUGGAGGAGCUAUUGCUUUAGGUCAUCCUAUUGGUGCAUCUGGUGCUAGGAUAUUAGUUACUUUAUUACAUGCCUUGGAGAGAACAGGUGGAAGCAAAGGAGUUGCAUCCUUAUGUAUUGGUGGAGGAAUGGGAAUAGCAAUUGCUAUUGAAAGAACAUAACAGAUACUUUAUCUGACUAAAUAGAAUUUUAUUGCCAUUUAUACGCAGCCGAU